GGAGGCGGCGUGAGGCAGUGGCGGCGGCCCAGCCCGCGGCGGAAGAGGACGGAGCCCGCGGCCCUACCGAGCGGGGGAUGCUGGCCCGUGGGUCCUGGUUCCCGGCACACAGCUGAGCCUUGUGAGCUGUCCCUCCUGCGACAGGGAUGCUGACGGAGCCGCUCAGAGCUGCAGGGGUCCCUGGUGAAUCUUGCCAUGGUCAUCUAAGGAACCUCUCCUAGAAAGAAGCUCCCCCCUCGCAGUUCCCCACCGACAGGAAGGCCUGGACUCCCAAGAUGAUUAUAAAGGAGUACCGGAUCCCCCUGCCGAUGACCGUGGAGGAGUACCGCAUUGCCCAGCUGUACAUGAUACAGAAGAAAAGCCGCAAUGAGACAUACGGCGAAGGCAGUGGCGUGGAGAUCCUGGAGAACCGGCCGUACACGGAUGGCCCCGGCGGCUCCGGGCAGUACACGCACAAGGUGUACCACGUGGGCAUGCACAUCCCCGGCUGGUUCCGCUCCAUCCUGCCCAAGGCAGCGUUGCGUGUGGUGGAGGAGUCCUGGAACGCUUACCCCUACACCAGAACCAGGUUCACCUGCCCUUUUGUGGAGAAAUUCUCCAUCGACAUCGAGACCUUUUAUAAAACCGAUGCCGGAGAAAACCCGAACGUGUUCAGUCUCUCUCCUGUGGAAAAAAACCAACUGACAAUCGACUUCAUCGACAUCGUCAAGGACCCCGUACCCCCAAACGAGUACAAGACGGAGGAGGACCCCAAGCUGUUCCAGUCGGCCAAGACACAGCGGGGGCCUCUGUCCGACAACUGGAUUGAGGAGUACAAGAAGCAGGUGUUCCCCCUCAUGUGUGCCUACAAGCUCUGCAAAGUGGAGUUCCGCUACUGGGGUAUGCAGUCCAAGAUUGAGAGGUUCAUCCACGACACUGGCCUGCGGAGGGUGAUGCUGCGGGCCCACCGGCAGGCCUGGUGCUGGCAGGACGAGUGGUUCGGGCUGAGCAUGGAGAACAUUCGGGAGCUGGAGAAGGAGGCGCAGCUCAUGCUGUCUCGCAAGAUGGCCCAGUUCACGGAAGACAGCCAGGAGGCUGCGGAGCUUGCCAAGGACCCAGCCACCCAGGACCAGGCCUCCUGGGAGAGCCCCCAGCCCAGCGGCAGCAACGGGGAGGCCCUAGUAGGGCGGGGCCUGAAGAAGCAGUGGUCCACGUCCUCCAAAUCCUCACGGUCGUCCAAGCGGGGAGCAAGUCCUUCUCACCACAGCAUCUCGGAGUGGAGGAUGCAGAGCAUCGCCAGGGACUCAGAUGAGAGCUCAGACGACGAGUUCUUUGAUGCCCAUGAGGACCUGUCCGACUCCGAGGAAAUGUUCCCCAAGGACAUCACCAAAUGGAGUUCCAAUGACCUCAUGGACAAAAUUGAGAGCCCCGAACCGGAGGACAGCCAGGCUGGCCUCUACCGCCAGAGUGGCCCUGAGUUCAGGGUGGCCUCCAGCGUGGAACAACUGAACAUCAUUGAGGAUGAAAUCAGCCAGCCGCUGGCCACACCGCCCUCCAAGAUCCACGUGCUGCUGCUGGUGCUGCAUGGAGGCACCAUCCUGGACACGGGCAUGAGCGACCCCAGCUCCAAACAGGGAGACACCAACACCAUCGCCAACGUGUUCGACACAGUCAUGCGUGUGCACUACCCCAGCGCCCUGGGCCACCUGGCCAUCCGCCUGGUGCCCUGUCCACCUGUCUGCUCCGACGCCUUCGCCCUCGUCUCCAAUCUCAGCCCCUACAGCCACGAUGAGAGCUGUCUCUCCAGCAGCCAGGACCACAUCCCCCUGGCUGCCUUGCCUCUGCUGGCCACCUCCUCACCCCAGUACCAGGAGGCAGUGGCCACGGUGAUCCAGCGGGCCAACCUGGCCUACAGGGACUUCAUCAAGUCCCAGGAGGGUGUGACCUUCAAUGGACAGGUCUGCCUGAUUGGGGACUGUGUCGGGGGCGUCCUGGCAUUUGAUGCCUUAUGCUACAGCAGUCAGCCAGUGUCUGAGAGCCAGAGCAGCAGCCGCCGGGGCAGUGUGGCCAGCGUGCAGGAUGCGGACUUGCUGUCCCCGGGCAUCCUGGUGAGCACAGCACCCUGCCCCAGCGGCAGCUCCAGCCUGGAGAGCAGCCGGCACCUGAGUCGUAGCAACGUCGACAUCCCACACAGCAAUGGCGCUGAGGACUCCAGGAAGCAGCUGCCCCGCAAGCGGAGUGACUCCUCCACCUACGAGCUGGACACCAUCCAGCAACACCAGGCCUUCCUGUCCAGCCUCCACGCCAGCGUGCUGAGGAGCGAGCCCAGUGCCCGCCGCUCGAGCAGCUCCACCGUGCUGGACAGCGCGGGGACGCUGAGCAAGUUUGACUUUGAGGUUGCUGAUCUCUUCCUGUUCGGAUGCCCACUGGGGCUGGUUCUGGCCUUGAGGAAGACAGUCAUCCCUGCCCUGGAUGUUUUCCAGCUGCGGCCAGCCUGCCAGCAAGUCUACAACCUCUUUCACCCAGCGGACCCCUCAGCCUCCCGCCUGGAGCCACUGUUGGAGCGCCGGUUCCAUGCCCUGCCGCCGCUUAGCAUCCCCCGCUACCAGCGCUACCCGCUGGGGGACGGUUGCUCCACACUGCUGGCCGAUGCCCUCCAGGCCCACAACACAGUCUUCCAAGAGCACGUGGCCCCCUCCUCACCCAGCACAGCCCCCGCAGGUCGUGGCUUCCGGCGGGCCAGUGAGAUCAGCAUCGCCAGCCAGGUUUCCGGCAUGGCCGAGAGCUACACAGCAUCCAGCAUCGCUCAGAAGGCCCCUGUGUCGCUCAGCCACACCCCCAGCGUCAGGCGCCUGUCCCUGCUUGCCCUGCCCUCCCAACCCCCAACCACCCCCAGGCCCCACCCUCGGGCCAGGCAGGCCAGCCCCAGCCUGGAGAAGCCCCCCCACCUCCCUGACUGGAACAUCGAAGAAGUCGCUGCCAAGUGGUGGGGCCAAAAGCGGAUCGACUACGCCCUGUACUGCCCCGAUGCCCUCACAGCCUUCCCCACCGUGGCCCUGCCCCACCUCUUCCACGCCAGCUACUGGGAGUCAACAGAUGUGGUCUCCUUCCUGCUGAGACAGGUCAUGAGGCAUGACAAUCCCAGUGUCUUGGAGCUGGAUGGCAAAGAGGUGUCAGUCUUCACGCCCUCAAAGCCCAGAGAGAAGUGGCAGCGCAAGAGAACCCACGUGAAGCUGCGGAACGUGGCAGCCAACCACCGGAUCAAUGAUGCCAUCGCCAAUGAGGAUGGCCCCCAGGUGGUGACAGGCCGGUUCAUGUAUGGGCCCCUGGACAUGGUGACCCUCACUGGGGAGAAGGUGGAUGUGCACAUCAUGACACAACCGCCCUCGGGUGAGUGGCUGUACCUGGACACACUGGUGACCAACAGCAGCGGACGUGUCUCCUACACCAUCCCCGAGACACACCGCCUAGGCGUGGGUGUCUACCCCAUCAAGAUGGUGGUCAGGGGGGACCACACCUUUGCCGACAGCUACAUCACUGUGCUGCCCAAGGGCACGGAGUUCGUGGUCUUCAGCAUCGAUGGCUCCUUUGCUGCCAGCGUGUCCAUCAUGGGCAGUGACCCCAAAGUGCGGGCCGGGGCUGUGGAUGUGGUACGGCACUGGCAGGACCUGGGCUACCUCAUCAUCUAUGUGACGGGCCGACCCGACAUGCAGAAGCAGCGGGUGGUGGCAUGGCUGGCCCAGCACAACUUCCCCCAUGGCGUGGUGUCCUUCUGCGACGGCCUGGUGCACGAUCCGCUGCGGCACAAAGCCAACUUCUUGAAGCUGCUCAUCUCUGAGCUCCACCUGCGUGUGCACGCGGCCUAUGGCUCCACUAAGGAUGUGGCGGUCUACAGCUCCAUCAGCCUGUCGCCCAUGCAGAUCUACAUCGUGGGCCGGCCCACCAAGAAGCUGCAGCAGCAGUGCCAGUUCAUCACGGACGGCUAUGCAGCCCACCUGGCCCAGCUCAAGUACAACCACCGGGCACGGCCAGCCCGCAACACAGCCACCAGGGUGGCACUGCGCAAGGGCAGCUUUGGCCUGCCUGGCCAAGGCGACUUCCUGCGCUCCCGGAACCACUUGUUGCGUACUAUCUCAGCCCAGCCCGGUGGGGCCAGCCACCGACAUGAGCGGACGCAGAGCCAGGCAGACAGCGAGCAGCGGGGCCAGCGCAGCAUGAGCAUGGCAGCCAGCUGCUGGGGCCGCACCAUGGCCGGCCGGCUCGAGCCAGCGACAACUGCGGGCCCCAAGUAGAGCACGUCGGUGAGGCGCUGCGGCCCCCACGGUGCCAGGGUGCAGACACAGGCCAGGAGCUUGCCCAGGGCCCCCAUGGAGGACACAGGCCACACCACACAGUCCUCCCAGCCCUGCCUCCUUUUCUCGGGUUCAAGGACAGCCAGCCCUAGGAUGACCAGGGAGGACCAGGGCUCCUCACUCAAGACUGGCCUGGCCUGGGAGGCACCUCCAGCCCUGCAUUGACCUCCAGCACCUGGUGCCAGGUGUGGGCCCGGCUCCAGUCUGCCACCUCCUUGUCCUCCGAUUCACCCUCCCUCCACCACUCCCCAACACCCAGUAACGGCUCCAGCUGGGGCACAGCUUGGUUCUUGUUGACACAAGUCACUCAACUGUUCAACCUCAUGGAUUUUGCACUGGAUUCUGAGAGCAGAGACCUAACACCACCUCUGGCUGUAGACUUCUUGACAUGCAUGAAAGCUGUGCAUGAAAACGCCUCCGUCUAUACGGGCACGGGACCGACUGCCCUGCGGAAUGUUCCAGUGCAGUGGGCCCUCACGUGAGCAGGAGAGAAAGGCCAUAUCUUCAUUUAUGCAGCCCCACCUGGCUGCCCAGACCCCUGGCCACGGUGAGCCUACCUACCAGGAGCCUGGUCCAGAUGUGGACCUGCUGGCAUUCCGAAGCCCUGGGCGCAGCCCAGUCCUGGGCCACAGGGUCUGGCUGGGCCUACCCUCCUCGUCCUUGCCCUGCCAGUGGCUGAGGCCCCAUGCCGCAGCCCUCUGACCGGCCCGCCAGCGUUUCUACCGCCUUUUUACGUCUCAGUCUGAUUUCUAUGAGGUUUUUUAAAUGAGCAACCCUUGGCUGCUUCCUUUUCUUAACUCUUUCAGUCCCAAACGCAGCCCCUCCACACAACACCCAGCACUGUGACCAAGUCCAGCCUGGUUCUGGGUCCUGGGGAACCCUAGAGUGUGGGCUCCCUGCCUCACCCAUUCCCCUGUAACCCCAAUGGGUUUCUACUCUGAGGUGGGUGGGUGGGGAGACAUACCCCUAGAUCUUUUUAAUGCCAGUUCACAUUCAAUGCUGAAGCCAAGAAGCCACAGCUCGCUUGGUUAGCCCAAGGGUGGGCAGCAAAAACUCAAUCUCCCCCUGGCAAGGAGCUUGGCAUCCACCCCCCUCCAGCACCAGGGACCAGGCUGUCCCCACCCCAGACGCUGCCAUCAGCCUGGUCCUGCCCUCGGGCUCCCAGGGGCGGUGCACAGAAGGGCCAUCCCUUCCCCGUGUGUAGAUAUGUACAGUCCCCGGAACGUGUAAAUGUUGUGCAGAAGGUCUAUACAGAGGGAGAGUUAUUUAUUUUGUGCAGAGAAAGCCGCCUGGAGGGCAGGAGCCUUCAGGGUUUGUUCCUAUUUAAGAUGUUGCGUUCUGUUGUUUCAAGCCUGGACUACUCUAUGGACCAAUUUCCCAUGUAACUGUUGCAGUAAAAGUGCAAUACAUAUGCGCCCCACUCCCACAGGAGGCACCCCACUCCCACAAGAGGCACCCCACUCCCACAGGAGGUGCCGGCCCGACAAUCACCACCCUGCUGAAGGCCUGUGGCCAGCACCUCCUCCUCCCCCAGUGUUGCCUGCUGCCUCGGUGACCAGCCAUCCAGAGAAGCACCUGCAAGUCUCAGCCGCCUGCAAUAAAGGCCCAGGAGGCUGCCCAGUGUGAGAAGGCCCUGCAGGCACUGGGGUGGGCUGUCCCCAGGAGCCACCACCCGCCCCGCCCCGGCUCUGUGCUCCCCGCCUGCCCACUCGGCCGCAGCCAUGCCAAGGACAACAGCAAUAGUUUCUGGGCCUCUCCCAGUGGCCCUCAGCCAUAGACGGUGAGGGGCAGCCCACCCUCCCCACUUAAGUCUUUUCUGUAUCCAGGUCUGCUUGCUGCCGCCCUUAAGAUUCUUUCUGGCACAUUCUCUCGAGGAAGCACCCAUUUCUCAGAAACAGAGAGGGAGGGCAGAGUCCUUGAAAAAUACCAAAAAUGUUUACAGCGCCGGGUGCCGAGCCUUGGCGUUCGGCCCGGCCAGUCAUAACCAAAGGGUAAGGCAGGCCUAGCUGACUGCCACCCCACCCCUGGCCUGUUAGAGUAGAAGCCUUAGCCCCACUCCCACCUGCACCCUGAACCCCACAUCUAACCACCUGUCCCCUCCAACCUUGAAGGGGGGAGUCGGCAGAGAUCCUGCCGCUUCCUGGCUCGUCUGAACUGCCACCCACUUGUCUGCAGCCUCCCUGUUGGCCCCGCUGUGUGAGUGUGUGUGUGUGUGUGUGUGUGUGUGUGUGUGUGUGUGACAAAGAGCGCAAGCGCAGUGUCCUGCCCUCACCCUGCCCAUCCCCGUGGUCCCCACGUCCUUGCGCCUCAGUGUGUUCUGUAUCAUGUCACUGUCUGUUACACCAAUUAAAGGAGCAGAAGGCUUC